AUGUUCUGGAAGCUUAGAGAAGAGAACGUUUCAAAAUGUGGAAGGGCCAAAUGCCCCACUUAUUUCCGCAAACGUGAACAGGCGCUGUCUUCCGAGCCUGAAGGACUUGGGGGUGGGGCCCUGAGACAGGGCGACUUACUCAACCCUAACUGUGCAAAGAACCGUGUUUUCUGGACCCUCCACAGCCUUUCCCAGGGUCACUCGCGGUGCUGCCAGCCCAGUCUCUCGUGCGGUCUCAACCCUGCUAUUGCUGAACGUGGAAAGGAGGGCACAGGAAACCGUCAAAAACGCGGACCCUUGAGGCCGCGCAAGCGCAGCCAGACACUGAGCACUCGGAGAAGUCCGUUUCCUGACUUUUGGAGGAAGUGGUGUUGCGUCACUUCCCGCCUCCCUCUAGCUGCCAUCUUGCGUCCCCGCGUGUGUGCGCCUAACCUCAGCUGGUCUGCCCGAGACCACCUGAGCGCCAACCCUAGUCCCCCGCACGGCCCCAUUUCCGCUCCAACAAGGUACAAAAAGGCUCUGGACGCCGGCGUGGGAGGCGGACGGGAACGGGGGCGGGAAGUUCCCGGAAAGAGCGAGACAGGGAGGGACAGGGCUGAGGAGAGGAAGGCGAUGCGACGGACGGGCGCACCCACUCAGGCUGACUCUCGGGGUCGAGGUCGGGCCAGGGGCGGCUGCCCUGGGGGCGAGGCGGCGGCAUCUCUUCCUCCACCUCCCGGCGGAACCCGAGGACAGGAGCCUCAGGUACCGCGAGGCUUGCGGAGAGUGGCCGGGCAGGGCAGGCCCUGGCUAGGCCGAGGCCAGGCCGGGGCCGUGGGUGGGGGUGGGGAUNUCUAG